UGAACGCUAUGUUGAACACAGCCAAGACGAUUGAAGCAGAUUAGCACGGAGUCCCUUCCUGGUCUCGCAUAUAAUCCUUCCGUGAAUCCACUUGAAGGACUCUGAGGUCGUCCAGGUAUUUAAUAGGUGGAGAUGUAAGAGCGCGGUGAUUUCAGUUGCUCUGCGGCUGUUCACGGACGAAGACUGAAGAAGAGAAACUGCCAUGUCCAUCUUUAUACUGACUCUUCUGGUCGCCUCCGGCCUCGUCACCACUUCGUCUUUCGCAUCCGGCACCAAAUACAGUCAACGCUACGAUGGCACGUCUUCUCGCUACGAAUGGAACCCCUCUCUGCCCCCCAGUCGGACGCGCAGCAAUCGAAAUGCACGCCAGGACAACCUUUCUAGUUGGCACAACAAAGAUACCCAACCCGUCGCAGAAGCUUCCAGAAGGUCCUUCAGCGUCAAGCCAGACACCAUCACUGCCACCAUAACUCUACCGCGUAGUGGCGCGUCGAAAACGCCUUCGCUACCCCCUCCGGAACCGUUGCCAGAACCGGAAGACAUUUCCGUCGAUCCGAUCGCGGAUCCGCAAACGGAUCCGCCCAUUUAUGAAGCCCCAUACGUGGACUCCGUCGAGCCCGUGGUUAGGACGACUCUUCUGACACCGCUGAGUCACGGCUACAUCGUAGCCUUCGUGAGGAAGUCCCUCCUGUCGAGGCUAAACGGCGACCAUCCUAACGGACAAGUAGUGAAUCUAACGCCCAAGUCAUCUUUCCAGCUGAAGAAAAGCGAGGAGCCGGCGUUCCUGAUGUACAUUCCGCCCGACCAGACGAGGACUUUUGGAGACGCACAGUACAGCCUUCGAGACGGCAGAAGAACAAGAACUCGAUUAUCGAGACACAACAGACAACGUGAUGAUAGGGCGCCGGGUCAUCGUCACCUGUCAUUGGACUACGAUGACAAUAUCCACGAUGGAGACGAAUUAUCCGAUAGAAGACGUAUGAGACAGCUUGGUCUUCGAGCACGUCGUCCACAAAGAGAAAGUCCUCGAAAUGCGUUCGUCAAUGGGAACGAGGUGUUGCUCGAAGAAAGGCUUAUACCAGGACUUAAUGGUCCUGGGAUGCUAACGUACCUUCCGAAGAACCCACUUUCGUCGUCGUCAUUCCCAGUUGGUCCUGCACAGAUAGCACCCAACACGUUCCUGAUGCUUGACCCACGGGAGAGUCAACGCAAUGUCUUCGCACCUGGCCCCGCAAACCUGUUUGAAACGCCGUCGCCAAGAAAACCGUUGUUUCCCGGCCUGCUGCCAUUUGAAGGGCUUCGGCCAGUUUUGUGAAUCCCUGGGAAGUCAAACAUAUGGUGGAAGGUGUAACAACUCAUGCGAAGUU